UUAGCAGCGCCUGGGAGAGAGCGAGAGCGCGCGGCGUGUCGGAGUGCGUUUCCACGUGCGCUGCUCGGAUGCUGGAUCGUGGUUGAGUGAACAGCAGUAGCAGCAGCAGCAGCGGCUUUCUAGGCUUUACGCAUCAGGCAUGUCCAAUCCGGCUCACGACCCGUUCUAUGCUUCUCCGUUCGGGCCCUUCUACAGGAGACACGCGCCGUACGCCGUGCAGCCCGAGUACCGGAUCUAUGAGCUGAACAAGCGGCUGCAGGCCCGGACUGAGGAGAGCGACAAUCUGUGGUGGGACGCGUUCGCUACCGAGUUCUUUGAGGAGGACGCUACGCUGACCCUUUCCUUCUGCCUCGAGGAUGGACCAAAGAGAUACACAAUCGGUCGGACCCUGAUCCCCCGCUACUUCAGCACGGUGUUUGAGGGCGGAGUGACGGAUCUCUACUACAUCCUCAAACACUCGAAAGAGUCGUUCCACAACUCGUGCAUCACCGUGGACUGCGACCAGUGCACCAUGGUCACGCAGCACGGCAAACCCAUGUUCACCAAGGUGUGUACGGAGGGACGUCUGAUCCUGGAGUUUGCCUUCGAUGACCUGAUGCGGAUUAAGACGUGGCACUUCACCAUCAGGCAGUACCGUGAGCUCAUCCCACGCAGUGUCCUCGCCAUGCACGCUCAAGACCCUCAGGUUCUGGAGCAGCUCUCCAAAAAUAUCACCCGAAUGGGUCUGACUAACUUCACGCUCAACUACCUCAGGCUGUGUGUUAUACUAGAGCCCAUGCAGGAGCUCAUGUCCAGACACAAGACAUACAGCCUCAGCCCCAGAGACUGUCUGAAGACGUGCCUGUUUCAAAAAUGGCAGCGCAUGGUGGCACCUCCCGCAGGACAUCCACAGAACUUCAAAACGGAAAUCUUCCCCACAAAUCACAAGAAAGAGCCUACUCGACAGACCACAACAAAGAGGAGGAAGAGGAAGAACUCGGCCAGCAGUGUGUCUAACAGCAACCACGGCAACAGCACAGGCAGCAAGAAACGCAGUCCGGCUAACAACUUCAGCCUGAGCAGCCAGGUACCUGACGUGAUGGUAGUCGGCGAGCCCACUCUGAUGGGCGGCGAGUUUGGAGACGAGGACGAGCGGCUGAUCACGCGGCUGGAGAACACGCAGUAUGACGCCACCAACGGCCUUGACGACGACGACGACUUCACCAGCUCGCCGGCGCUCAACAACAGCAGCCCCUGGGCUAAAGCGCCACCGGCGGCUCAGGACAGCAAACCCGAGAGCACGGCCUCGCAGGCCUCACAGUAACCACACGCGGUUCUAUCUUUUUCUCACCCCACACUCUCUUUUUUCUUCUCUGGCUUUACUUCUGAUUUCCAUCUCACGUCGUCCGGGGCGACCAUUUUUUCACCACAGACUUUUGAAGGGUCCAGCGAUACACAGCACUGAGAAACUGAACAGGCCCUCAGGAGGUUAACGGAUUUUUGAUGAAGACGAAGAAUAAUGUUCAGAUGAACUUCAGGCGGUCAUUGAGGUAGCAAUACAUGUCUAUGCCGGCUCCUGUCUGGACGACAGCCAAUCAGUGACGAGGUAACUGCGGUUGGAUGCGCCAUCAUUGGAGAGCCACUGAGACCUGGUGCACAUUUGCAUUCACAUUGAUUUUGAAAUCUUUUUUCUUAAUUUUGCACAUUUUUCUCCAUAGCCUAAACCACAUACCGUACCACGUUAGUAUGCGGUUUAGGACGUAACCACUGAAUCUUAACAUACGCGGACAAUGCUAAGGGAAGGACAGGCUUCUCUAGCUGGAUCUUUUUUUUUGUUUUCUGGGUCUCGACGUAUUAUUUUUAAGGAUUUGUGAAUAUUCUGUGAUCUCCUUGUACAAUCUCGGAUCGAAGGCACAUAGGACAAGCAUAUUCCCUCUGUAUCCCUUUAACAAACCUUUCACCAGAAUGGACUGUAACUCGUUGCUGCAUGAUAUUUAAAAUCUGUAAACUGUUUUUUUGUUUUGUUUUGUUUUUUUGUUUCUUUGUUUUGUUUAUUCAUUAUUCCGAGGCUAUGUUGUGUCUAGUUUGUCAGGCUAGAUACACCUACAGGGUCGUUCCUGUGCACAUAUGAACGCAGCUCGCUGUGUAUAGCCCGUCCAAAACCACUGACCCUCAUCCAUGAUGGCAGCUCUUUCAAUCGACCUUCAGGUUUCUUUUCCCGCUAAUGUGCACCUGAUGAGAAAAGAAAGAACAAGAAUUGCUAAUCUGGGAUUAGCUAACUCAUGCACAGAGAUAUACACACACAGGAUAUUCUAAUUAAUUUAGCAAAACCUCUACGCCUGUAACAGUCACGCUUUACAACCGUGUUCUGCAGAAAAGCAUCGCAAAAAUGUUUCGUAUUUCGGGUCUUUUCUGACAGGAUUGAAACAAGGUGAAGCCUUUUGUUGUGGUAGCUCAUCCGCAUUAAGGUUUCUUGCGUUUUCUGAGAUGCUUUUCAGCUCAACACGGUUGUUAUGAGCACUUAAUUGAGAUUGCGUAACUUUCCUAUCAGCUCAAACCAGCCUUGUCGGGUCAAAUGGCUCAUUAACAAGACAAUUCAACAAGAAGAACUGGACAGGUGUAGUGCUGUUUUCCCUUUCAGUUGUCCAGUGAAUGUAUUAAAUUUUUUUUUUUUAUCAAUAUAUAGUGACCCUCAAUUAUGAAGAUGAAGAUGAUGAUGAUGAUGAUGAAGGUGAAAAUUAUGAACUAGUAUACACUCAACAAAAAUGAUAUAAUUCAUCUGUUCAUUUGUUAAUUUUUUUAUAGUUUUUAUGACUGAUUAUUAUUAUUAUUAUUAUUAUUAUUAUUAUUAUUAUUAUUAUUUCUCCCAAAGAUCAAAUGUAUUUCCAAUUCCAACACAAUGGAGUUCUCGUGCUCCGAUCUUGUAUUAUUAGAACUCUGCACCGUUUGUAUCAUAUUUAGCAGAGCUGUUUUCGUGUCAUAUUCAAAGUCUUGUAUGUAUGCUUUGCUAUUUUGUGUGCCAAUAAAAUGUGCUUAGGCCUACAGGACACUCA